AAACAACAAAAAAGGAAGCAGAAGACAUCGGUUGUUGUCGGCGCCGGAGGAAAUGAGUGGGGCAGGUGUACCGGACUUUUUCUACAGAGAAGCUCAACGUCUUGGCUAUGUUGCUCGCUCAGCUUUCAAGCUUCUACAGAUUCAAAAACAGUACAAGCUCAUCAAACCAGGCUCCUCUGUUCUUGACCUAGGUUGCGCGCCUGGUGCUUGGCUUCAGGUUGCUUGCCAAAGCUUAGGCCCACUUAGAAGUGGUGGAAUUGUCGUUGGUAUGGAUAUAAAGAAGGUGAAGGUUCCUCCACAGUGUGAUUCUCGAGUGCAAACCAUUGCUGCUGAUGUUUUAAACUUUCCCAGACAAAAGAUUCGGGAGUUAUCACCUCAGCAAUUGGGAUUUUCAGUCAUUCUUUCAGAUAUGUGUCACUCAGUAUCUGGAAUAACCACUAGAGAUGCAGCUCUGUCUGCUGAAUUGGGAAUGCGAGCACUUGAUUUGGCUGUUGGUCAAGCUGCCAUCUCUCAGUCACCUAAUGAUGAUGAUGGAGGCCCAAACGAAAGUCGUCCUGGUGUACUUAGGCAUGGUGGCCAUCUUGUGAUCAAGCUUCUAGAAAGCGAGGAUGCUCAAGAUUUUGCUCGAAUUUGCAAGCCUAUCUUCAACAAGGCAUCUUGGUUGAGGCCAAAAGCUACAAGACCAUCAUCUCGAGAAAUUUACUUGAUUUGCCAGGGAUUUCGAUAA